AACUGUAAUUGAGAUGAUAAACUUAUGAUAGAUUAUUCAACACCAAAAAGUGCGAGAAAGAAACAAAGGGAACAGGGGACAAACGACAAAGAGGCGGGAUCUUCUGGUCGACAAAGUGGCCAAUCCUGGUUUGCUUGUUAAAAUGUCGCACGCUGAUUGGACCAACAGUAAAAACUGCAGAAUCGUUGCCUAUUUGCAUACUGGUUUGUAUAUAUAAAGGGACUGCUGAUAACUGUGAGUAAUUCUGUUAGCUGCGACACACAGACUACAGUAUUUACAAUGCCAGAGCCAGCGAAAACCGCGCCCAAGAAAGGAUCCAAGAAAGCUGUUACCAAAACAGCAGGAAAAGGAGGAAAGAAGCGCAGAAAGACCAGGAAGGAGAGCUAUGCCAUCUACGUGUACAAGGUCCUGAAGCAGGUCCACCCCGACACCGGUAUCUCCUCUAAGGCGAUGGGCAUCAUGAACUCGUUCGUGAACGACAUCUUCGAACGCAUCGGAGGAGAGGCUUCCCGCUUGGCUCACUACAACAAGAGGUCUACCAUCACCUCCAGGGAGAUCCAGACCGCAGUGCGUCUGCUUCUGCCCGGUGAGCUGGCCAAGCAUGCCGUGUCGGAGGGAACCAAGGCCGUUACUAAGUAUACCAGUUCCAAGUAAUUUUUACUUGUGAACAUAACCCAACGGCUCUUUUAAGAGCCACCCACAAUACAUUAAGAGCAUCGCCAUGAUUAUAUUCAUAUUUAAAUUCUUAUUAGGUCUGUCAGUCUUUGCUCCUUGUUCGUUGCGGCGAAACAUGCUAAGCUAACUGGAGCAACAAUGAGUUGCUAAUUGCGUGAACAUGCUAAAAUGUCUAUGUUGCCUGCAUAGACUGUGGUGAGUACUUUUCGUCGUAUUAGCUAUGAACGCAAAGGAUGUGGGCUCUGCCAUUUAUAGGCCUACAUUACGUCUAAUCUACCAGCCACUGGCUGAAGGCAAAUGGUCAAAUUCGCCACCACACCAGAGAGUGUUAAAGCGGAGCGAGAGGCGCAAACGUUCGACAAUUUCCGCGUUCGAUUAUUGCAAGGGGGAGGGGGG